CUGAUUUGAGGAUUCACGAGGGGCUGCUACACUUAUCGACUGACUGAUGUCUGGGGCCGAGCAGCUUCCUGGAGGCGAGUCCUCGAUGCAGCGGGUGUCUGUGGAGGAUUUGUGGGGGCGGUUCACGCCUGUGCUCCUCUCUGCUCCCAGCCGUGUGCGUCUCCUCCCCCCUCCCCGUUUACAAGUCAUGAUGGCGGAACUGUAGACUUUCAGGACGAGCAGCGCCCGUCCCCGUUCAGCAUUUGAACACAGUUAUUUAUUUCUGCGGCCAGCCGUACACCUUUCCCCGCCAUGACCCGCUGGAUCCCCACAAAAAAGGAGAAGUACGGAGUGGCAAUCUACAAUUAUGAUGCCACUGGUGAGCAGGAGCUGUGUCUGCAGGUGGGGGACACCGUGCACAUACUUGAGAAAUUGGAAGGCUGGUACAGGGGCUACACGCUACGCAAGAAAUCACAGAAGGGCAUCUUCCCAGCUUCCUACAUCCACUUAAAGGAGGCCACGGUGGAGGGGAUGGGCCAGCAGGAAAUAAUUAUUCCAGCAGAUUUACCCCUGGUGCAGGAGCUCGGGGCUACUCUGAGGGAAUGGGCGCAGAUAUGGCACAAUCUCUUCGUGGCGAACAAAACCACCCUGUUCAGGAGUGUCCAACAGAUGGCCUACAGCCUCAUCGAGUAUCGAUCCCAGAUAGUGUCAGGGACGCUGCCUAAGGACGACCUCGUGGAGCUCAAAAAGAAAGUCACAGCAAAAAUCGAUUAUGGGAACCGGAUUCUGGGCUUGGACCUGGUGGUGCGAGAUGAAUCAGGAAACACACUGGAUCCCGACCAGACCAGCACGGUCAGCCUGUUCCGGGCGCACGAGACCGCUUCCCGCAGCGUCGACGACAGGAUACAAGAAGAGAAGACGCGGCUACAGAACCUGGAAAUGAGGCGUCAGACCCUGUUCAGCACGGUGCACACCUACAGCCUGCUCAUGAACCUCAAGAACUUUGUGUGCAACAUCGGAGAGGAUGCUGAGCUGCUCAUGUCUCUGUAUGACCCCGACCAGUCCGAAUUCAUCAGCGAGAACUUCCUGGUGCGCUGGGACAGUAUGGGGAUGCCAAAAGAAAUUGAAAAACUGAACAACCUGCCAGCGCUGUUCACGGACCUGAGCAGCAGCGACCUGAUGAGGCAGCGACUCUUCCUGGUGUGUCAGAUCAUCAGAGUGGGCAGCAUGGAGCUCAAAGAGGGCAAGAAGCACACGGGAGGACUGAGGAGGCCGUUUGGGGUGGCUGUGAUGGACAUUACAGACGUCGCCCACGGCAAAACGGACGACGAGGACAAGCAGCAUUUCAUCCCUUUUCAGCAGAUCGCCAUGGAAACCUACAUCCGUCAGCGGCAGCUCAUCAUGUCUCCGCUCAUCCCGUCCCGAGUCAUCGGAGAGAACGAGCCGCUCACCGCCGUCUUCAACAAAGUCAUCGCCACGCGGGAGGUCAAUCACAAAGGCCAGGGGCUGUUUGUGACCCUGAAGCUCCUCCCAGGAGACCUGGCCCAAGUCAGGAAGGACUACCCCCACUUUGUGGACCGCAGCACGGCUAUCGUCAGGAAAAUGGGCUUUCCAGAAAUCAUCCUCCCAGGAAACGUGAGGAAUGAUAUUUACGUGACCUUGCUGCAGGGAGAGUUUGACCGCGGCAAAAAGAAGACGCCGAAAAACGUGGAGGUCAUACUGAGCGUGCAUGACGAUGAAGGCAACCCCAUGGAGAAAGCCAUAUUUCCUGGUGCCGGUUACGAUGGAAUCACAGAGUACAAGUCUGUCAUUUACUACCAGGUGAAGCAGCCGUGUUGGAACGAAACCGUCAAGGUGACGAUUCCCAUCGAAGACGUGUGCCGCUGUCACCUGAGGGUGAUGUUUCGCCACAGAUCCUCCCAAGACUCUCGGGACAAGUCGGAGAAGCCCUUCGGUAUGGCCUUCGUCCGGCUCAUGAGAGGAGACGGGACGACGCUGAAGGACGGCAGGCACGAACUUAUCGUCUAUAAGGUUGAUGUGAAAAAGGCCGAGGAUGCGAAGGUUUAUCUCACCUUGCCAGCGACCUGGGCUGAGGUGGAGGAGAAGGAGAAGCAGACGGGGAAGCCGUUCCACCAUUCUGGAGUGAUUCCUGUGACUAAAGACAGCUUCCAGAUCGCCUCGCUCACCUGCUCCACUAAGCUCACUCAGAACGUCGACUUGCUUGGCCUGUUGAACUGGAGGUCUAACCCUGAAGAUCUGGACCAGAUCCUGCAGAGGCUGAUGGAGGUGGAGGGAGGCGAGAUCGUCAAAUUUCUCCAGGACACGCUGGACGCCCUGUUUAACAUCAUGAUGGAGACGUCAGAGAAGGACACCUAUGACACCCUGGUGUUCAAUGCUUUGGUUUUUAUAAUCACACUUAUUGGCGACAUCAAGUUCCAGCACUUCAACCCAGUCCUGGAAACGUACAUCAACAAGCACUUCAGUGCCACUUUGGCCUACAUGAAGCUAACCAGGGUCCUUAACUACUAUGUGGGCCACGCCGAGGAGCCCGUCCUGACCGAGAGGCUCUACGCAGCUCUCAAAGCGCUCAAGUACCUGUUCAGGUUUAUUGUGCAGUCCCGGGUCCUGUAUCUCAGGUUCUACGGGAACAGUGAGGACGGGGACGCGUUCCUCAACUCCAUUCGCACCCUUUUCCUGUCUUUCAACACGCUGAUGGACAGACCGCUGGACGAGGGAGUGAAGAUAAAGGGAGCAAUAUUGAAAUACGUCCCCAGCAUCAUUAAUGACAUCCAGACUGUGUUUGAUCCCGUGGAGCUCAGUGUUCUCCUAGCGAAGUUCAUCGAGAGCAUCCCCGACUCUCAGCUCGUGCGUCAGAAGCUGGGCUGCAUGUGUAAAAUGGUGGAGAGUGACCUUUUCAGGCAGCCAGAUUGUCGAGAUGUGCUUCUGCCUCUCGUCAACGACCAGCUGAGCGGCCAGCUGGACGACCACUCGAGUAAACCCGACCACGAGGCCUGCGCGCAGCUGCUCAGCACGGUGCUGGACUACCUGGACCGCAAGGACGUGGGUCCCACCAGAGGCCACGUUCAGCUGAUAAUGGAGCGGCUUCUUCGCAGGGUUAAUCGCACUGUCAUCAGCAUGGACAGAUCCUCCCCUCUCAUUGGUCACUAUCUCGCCUGCAUGACGGCCAUCCUGAAGCAGAUGGACGACACGCAUUACGCCCACUACAUCAGCACCUUCAGGACGAGACAGGAUAUCAUUGACUUCCUCAUGGAGACCUUCAUCAUGUUUAAGGACCUCAUGGGAAACGUCUUCCCCACCGACUGGGUGAUCAUGAACCUGGUGCAGAUGCAGGUCUUCCUGAGGGCCAUCAACCAGUACUCGGACGUCCUCAACAUGUAUUUCCUGGACCAGGCGCAUUUUGAACUACAGCUGUGGAAUAACUACUUUCAUCUGACUGUGGCGUUCCUCACCCACCCCACACUGCAGCUGGAAUCCUUCUCUCAAGAGAAACGAAAUAAGAUUCUGAACAAAUACGGAGACAUGAGGAAGACUAUUGGAUUUAAGAUGAGAGACAUGUGGUACAAUCUUGGCCCCCACAAAAUGAAGUUCAUCCCAGCCAUGGUGGGGCCCAUCCUGGAGGUCACGCUGGUGCCGGAGCCCGAGCUGAGGAAAGCGACCAUCCCCAUCUUCUUCGACAUGAUGCAGUGCGAGCACAACUUCAGCCCCGGACGCACGUUUGAAACGUUUGAGAACGAACUGAUAACAAAAUUGGAUCAAGAGGUGGAAGGAGGCCGAGGGGAUGAGCAGUACAAAGUCCUGCUGGAGAAAACCCUGCUGGAGCACUGCAGACGCCACAGAUACCUGUCGCAGUCAGGAGAGGAGCUGGCCCUGCUGCUGAGCAGCCUGCUGGAGAAUCUGCUGGCGUACCGCACCAUCACGCAUGACGAGAGUCCUGAGCACCGCAUGAGCUGCACCGUCAACGUGCUGAAUUUCUACAAAGAAAAAAAGAGAGAGGACAUUUACAUCCGGUACUUGUACAAGCUGCGAGAUUUGCACCUGGACUGUGAGAACUACACGGAGGCGGCCUACACCCUGCUGCUUCACGCCGAGUUACUGGAGUGGUCGGACAAACCCUGCGCGCCCCACCUGAUACCCAGAGACGGGGAGCACGUGUGGACCCAGCAGGAGCUCAAAGAGCGGCUCUUCCAGGAGAUCAUAUGUUACCUGGACAAGGGCAAGAUGUGGGAGAAGGCCAUCGAGCUGGGCAAGCAGCUGGCCAAGAUGCACGAGAGCCACAUGUUUGACUUCAUGGAGCUGAGCCAGCUGCUGAAAAAUCAAGCCAAGUUCUAUGAAAACAUCAUGCACGCCAUGCGGCCACAGCCUGAGUACUUCGCUGUAGGAUAUUAUGGCCUCGGAUUCCCGACUUUCCUCAGGAACAAGAUGUUCAUCUACAGAGGGAAGGAGUACGAGUGGCUGGAAGACUUCAGCUUGAAGCUCCUCUCUCAGUUCCCCAACGCAGUGCGGAUGACCAGCACGGCGCCCCCUGGAGACAACAUCAGCAACUCCCCCGGGCAGUACAUCCAGUGCUUCACUGUCAAGCCUGUUCUCACUGUGCCGCACCAGUUUAAAGACAAGGGGGUUCCAGAGCAGAUAUUAAACUAUUACAGAACCAAUGAAGUGGACCAGUUCCAGUAUUCCAGGCCCUUCAGGAAAGGUGAAAAGGACCCAGACAAUGAAUUUGCAACCAUGUGGAUUGAAAGAACAACCUAUAUCACCGCUUAUCGCUUCCCGGGGAUCCUGAAAUGGUUUGAAGUCAAAUCGGUCUCGGUGGAGGAGAUCAGUCCUCUGGAGAACGCCGUAGAGACCAUGGAGAUGGCCAACGAGAAGCUGAGUAACCUCGUGCAGCAGCAAGCGUGCGAUCGCUCGCUGUCCAUCAACCCGCUGUCCAUGAUGCUCAGCGGCAUCGUCGACCCUGCCGUCAUGGGCGGCUUUUCCAACUACGAGAAGGCAUUCUUUACAGACACCUACAUCCAAGAGCACCCAGAGGACCACGAGCGCAUUGAGGUCCUUAAACACCUCAUCGCCCUGCAGAUCCCUCUCCUGGCAGACGGGAUUCGCAUCCACGGGGAGAAGACGACGGAGCAGCUGAAGCCCUUACACAACCGUCUGGUUACUUGCUUCCAAGACCUUCGGGAGAAAGUGGAGAAGCAUUAUGGCGUCAUAACCUUGCCCUGCUCUCUCACUGAGAGGAAGAAGAGCCGCGUGGGCUCCGUGGUGAUGCCCUACAUCCUGUCCUCCACCCUGCGUCGCAUGUCCACUGUGUCAACCCUGUCCAACGCCUCCUCAGGCCUCUCCAGUGGCUCCGUGUCCUCAGAUGGGCCCUCCUGCAUUUCCUCCCAAGACAGUUCCUUGUUGUCCCGUCCCAGCGAUCGCAGGGUCUCGGUUUUGUCCCGCUCAGAGGAGGACAACAGGAUUGCCAGAAAGAACCGAAAGGAGUGGAGCGUGAGCAAAUCGCAGGUGCUGCUGGAGAGGCAGUCAGACGUGGACGAGACUCCUCCAGAGAAGCAGCAGAGACCCAAGAGUCUGCAGUUAGGAGACAGACGGCUCACCCUGUCGCUGUUCCAGGGCGCUUCAUCCCAGCUCAGCCUGUCGAACCCCCUCAGCCCGCUGCCCGCCUCCCCACACACGCCGCGAACGCCACGCAGCUCCAGUUACUCGUCGCUUCUCAGUGACAGUGAUGUCAAUCCCGGCGACACCCCAGGGACCCCCCCACCCAUGCCUCCGAAGAAACAUCCACACGAGAUUGACAACGCCGGCUUCUCUUCAGAGUUCACUCCUCCAUUACCAAUGAAAAUUGAGAGCAAGCCUCCUCCACCGCCUCCAAAAACACGGAAGUCGAUGUUCCCCUCGUAUGAGCAGACCAGCCACUAAUGCUUCACACACACACACACACACACACACAGCCGUGAUGAAGGUUGUAGCUGUGGAAGCAGAUGCAGGACCGUCUACAUGUGAGGCCUUCAGCGGAAACAAUUUCUGAUGCAAGUCACUAAUAAUUCCUUUGUUCUCACGUGUUGGCUGUUGUUUUGUAACUCAGCCACAGGGAACAGCAUGUCAGAGCUUAUUGUUUGUAAGAUGGUACUACUGCAUGAUUUGGGGUCCAUAAGGGGAGUUGAGCUCUGGAGCCAGUGUGAUUUUUUUUGUUUUUUUAAUGAAACUGAUUUAUUUCUCAAAGAAAAGUCAGCACAGACUUGAUCAGUGGCAGGGAAAAGGAUGACCAAUGCUGCAGUGUAAUAUUUAGCUUUUAUGUGUUGGAGCGACACUGGAUGACUUACUUCUCCUUUACUGGCAUUAAAAAGACUUGAUCCAGAGCAGGGAACACGAUGUACAGAGUGUAGCUGUCAGUCUGCAGGUAUUUUGAUCCGUGAGAUUUGAUCAAAACCACAAUGUUUUAGAGACACUGGAUGGCAUUGAUGAAUGUGCAGCAGAUUAUUUGCAUUUGUUUUGUGACGAAGCGAACACUGUAAACUGUUUAUUUCCUUAAAGGGACUAGUUUGACACAAGGCUGGGCGAUCUGGCUGAAUUACAUCACAGUGAUGAUCACCUCACUGCAUGUUCACUCCACUCAGACGGUUUCAGUUGGUCCUCAGUCGCUUCAUUCCAGAUUUGUGUGAGAACAGCCAAUCAGAGCGAUUCUCUCAGCGACAUGCUCGAUCAGCUCACAGACGAGGGCCAACCAAAACCUUAAGACCACAGACGCCCAGUGACGGCCCUCGUGUUGGCUGAAAGUUGGCGUCCAGUUGGCCCCUUCACUCUGCUGGUUUGUUAGUCAGUGAGGUGAUGUGAAGCUUGGAAACAGAAGAGGAGAUCAAACCACAUAAAAAGCUGAUUGUGGAUGCUAAAAUCGCCCACCUGUGGUUUGAGGUUUUGGGAAAGACGCCCUCUUGUGUCAGGAUGUUGGAUAAGAGGAUCCACACCCCCAUGGAGGCGACACAUGAAGCUGGAGCCAGCAGCCUGUUAGCUUAGCUUGGCAGAAAAACAGAAAUGUGGAAACGCAAUCCACUGAUCUGCAGUGUAAAAGUGACAGGUGUGUGUGUGUGUGUGUGUGCGUGUGUGCGCGUGUGUGUGCGCGCGCCCUUGUGGCUGUUGUUUCCAGAUUUCAUGCUAAGCUAAGCUAACAGGCUGCUGGCUGCAGCCACGUAUUGACGGACGUGAGCGGUCUCGAUCUUCUUUUCCAACUCUGAGCGAGAAUGCAAAUAAACACACGUCCCAAAGUUUCAGACUGGCCCUUUAAAGAAAGCUACAGGCUGUAUGGUACCAAACUGAGGCCUUUGAAGUUCACUUUAGUUUUGUAUUUCAGGUGUUGGUAUGUUUUUAUCUUUUAUCACUUCAUUUUAAAUUAUUUCUGUUGGUUGAGUUUUAAUGAUUCCACUGUUUUGCACACCUGGUGUGUACAGAGAUGGUUUAUUUUUGAGUCUGAUUUCAACAUAACCGCUUCACUGUUUAAAAAGAAGCAAUACAAUUGAUGUGCCUUCAGAGCAAAAUCUAUGCAUGCGAGCUUUAUUGAUCACAUUUUUAGAUUUUUAUGUACGACACACGUUUCCUAAGAAGCAUCAGAGAAAUUUUAUACGCACGAUUCCUCGAGAGAUAUGUGAUGAUCUUUUUUAUGAACAAGCUUAUGUUGACUGAACAGAAUUAAAGACUUAUUGAAAGAAC